AUGACCUUCUUCUUCUUCUUUGCCUCUGUUCUUGCUGUCGGACUUUCUCUAUUGCAGACUGUAGGUGCGCAGACCUACAAUGAACUCUACCGACCUCGUUAUCAUUUUACCCCAGCCAAGAACUGGAUGAAUGAUCCAAAUGGUCUUCUAUAUCAUAAUGGUACUUAUCAUCUGUACUACCAAUACAACCCUGGAGGAGACACCUGGGGAGCCAUGUCAUGGGGCCAUGCUACGAGCGAUGACCUGACCCACUGGAAGCACCAACCUGUUGCCCUGCUUGCGCGCGGAUACCCAGAUAAUAUCUCCGAGAUGUUCUUCUCUGGGUCCGUUGUUGCUGAUGCCGAUAAUACGAGCGGGCUCGGUACAAACGGAAUUGUUCCUUUUGUGGCAAUAUAUACCUCCUAUUAUCCCGGGUCCCGCAGUCUACCCAGCGGCAAGUCAGUCAACGGUGGACAGCAAGCUCAAUCGAUCGCCUACAGUCUAGACGAGGGUCUCACAUGGACGACCUACGAUGCGGCUAAUCCCGUCAUUCUUAACCCGCCAGCGCCUUACACAGAUCAGUGGCGUGACUUUCGGGACCCAUUUGUAUUCUGGCACCAGCCAACCCAGAAAUGGGUCUCGGUCAUCUCGUUGGCCCAGCUCCACAAGUUACUCAUCUAUACCUCACCCAACCUCAAGGAGUGGACGUACACCAGUGAGUUCGGCCCAAUGAACGCAGUCGCGGGUGUCUGGGAGUGUCCCAGCAUCUUCCCGCUUGCCCUUGAUGGGAGCGAGGCCAAGACCAAAUGGGUCGUACAGAUUGGACUCAACCCCGGAGGACCACCUGGAGUUGUCGGCUCAGGAACGCAAUACAUAAUCGGCAGUUUCAAUGGCACGGCAUUCGUUGCCGACCCCGACACUCCGUCUCCGUCUACAACCUCCACCUCCGUGUUGACGCCCACUACAACGAGUACCCAAACAUCCUCUACCUGCGCCUGCCCAGGAGGAACUGCAGUGCCAGGGAAUGCCACAUUCCAAGAUUUUGAAGGUUCUGGAGAUUUUGCGUCUCUCGGCUGGGUUGCCACAGGGGGAUUAGUCGGGGCAGCACCGGCUCGGGGAACUCUUUCCGGACAGCAAACCGUCUCCGGAUAUGCUGGCGCUCGCCUUGUCAAUACCUUCUUGAACGGUGACUCAACGACCGGUACCCUCACCUCACCGCCCUUCACAAUCACUCGGCCACUUAUCAACUUCCUCAUUGGCGGCGGUAACGCACCUGGAGCCGAAUGCAUCAACUUGAAGAUCGCGGGGCAAAGCCAAGCCGUGCGCACUGCCACUGGCCGCGAUGAGGAAAGGCUCCUGCUACAAACUUGGAAUGUUACCGAGUAUAUCGGACAAACUGCCAUUACCUUCACUGGGGAUGCCACCCCUCCCGCGUCCAUCAACGAUGCCGUGUUUAAUUUCAAUGGGACCGGUACUUUUGCAAGUCGUGGGUGGACCGCCACUGGAGAUCUUGUCGGGAAGAGCCCGUCCCAGGGUACGCUGCCGGGACAGCAGGUGGUGUCUGGGUAUCGCGGAAACUUCGUCAACACGUUCUACGAUGGCGAUGCGACGACUGGAACUCUGGUCUCGCCCGCGUUUACGAUUACGAAAGAGAGGAUCAACUUCCUCAUUGGUGGUGGGAAUGCUCCCGGUGUGCAAUGCAUCAACCUCAGGGUCGACGGCCAGGUCGUCCGCACCGCCACGGGCAGUGAUAGCGAGCAGCUCCUGCCAACGAGCUGGGACGUCAGGGACCUGAUUGGCAAGAGUGCGGUUAUUGAAAUUGCAGAUCUCAGCACGACCGGCUGGGGCAUAUUCUGGUGGAUGAAAUCUCCUUCUCGGAUGUCGCCAUUCAAUGGGCUUGCGUCUGCAGACCGCACCAACAUUGCCUGGAUGAAUAACUGGCAGUACGCGGCCAGCAUCCCUACCUCUCCAUGGCGCAGCAUGUUGUCGAUCCCUCGGAAGCUGUCACUCAAGACCAUCAACGGAUGGCCAACGCUCAUCCAGCAACCCGCUGCCAACUGGGCCAGUCUACAAACAGGGACGUAUUCCGAUGCCCUAACCACCGUAUCUCAAGGAACUCAAUCCAUUCCGCUUUCUGGGAAAUCCCUGGACAUCACCGUGGCAUUCUCCCACCGGAGCUCGGCGUCUCCAGCUCAGUUUGGCGUCCUCCUCAGAGCGACCUCUGACCUGACGCAGCAGACCCGGAUUGGGUACGAGUUCAGUACGAAAAGAAUGUUUGUCGAUCGAACCAAGUCGGGAAAUGUCGGCUUUGACGGGACAUUCUCCAAAACGUACUACGCGCCUCUAGAACCCGGCAGUGACGGCAAGGUCACUCUGCGCAUCCUUCUUGAUUCCUCUUCGGUUGAAGUCUUUGGUGGCCAAGGCGAGGUCACGUUGUCGGCGCAGAUCUUCCCCCAAGAUACGGGCGCCGAUGUCCGGUUGUUCUCAACCGAGGGAAGUACAAGUGGGAUCACGAUUGAUGCAAAGAUUCUGGGGUCCGCGUUUGAUCCGCUCACCACCAGCAGCACGACCAGCACGGCACUGAGUACGACACUCAGUACGAGGGGAGUUAAUACAACUACCACAAGCACAAGCACAAGCACAAGCACCGCCACUCAGCCUUCCGCUACAGUUCCUGUCGACUUCCGCCCUGUUUUCCACUUUGUGCCAGAGCAGAAUUGGAUGAAUGAGCCCAACGGUCUGAUAAAGAUCGGGUCCACGUGGCACUUAUUCUUUCAACAUAAUCCCACCGGGAACUUCUGGGGCAACCUCAGUUGGGGUCAUGCGACCAGUACAGAUCUGGUCUCCUGGAGUCACAAACCAGUUGCUAUCUCCAGUGCGGAUGGAAUCCAGGCAUUCACUGGGACCGCGUACUUCGACCCGCAGAACCUUUCGGGACUGGGAUCCGCCUCGAACCCUCCGUAUCUCGCCUUCUAUACUGGCUACUUUCCCUCGACUGAAGUGCAGGACCAGCGGCUUGCAUACAGUCUUGACCUGGGCGCCACAUGGAUCAAAUUCCCAGGAAAUCCAAUUAUCUCAAAAACGCAGGAAGAACCGCAUGAUAGCACCAAGGGUCUGGAGAUCCGGGACCCCAAAGUCUUUUACCAUACUCCAUCAGGCAGAUGGGUGAUGAUCCUCGCACACGGCGGCCAGAAUAAGCUCACAUUCUGGACAUCAAGUGAUGCCAAAGCCUGGACCUGGAGAAGUGACUUCACUACCAGUAACAUUCCUAACCUACCCAGCGGAAUCAACGGGUGGGAGGUGCCGGACUUUUUCGAACUCCCAAUCAAAGGCACAACGCAGCAGAAAUGGGUUCUGAUCAUUACCCCUGCCACUGGAUCCCCCGCCGGCGGCAAUGGCGUCUUCGCAGUCACAGGCUCCUUCGACGGAGCGGUAUUCACCGCAGACCCUGUUGACCCCAGCGCAUUCUGGCUCGACUACGGGCGCGACUUUGACGGGGCGCUCACGUGGGAAAACGUCCCUGCAUCCACGGAUGGCCGGAGGAUCCUCGCCUCCGUGAUGAACAGUUACGGCGGAAACCCUCCAACAAACACCUGGAAGGGAAUGCUGUCGUUCCCUCGCACACUAGAGCUUCAGCAGCUGAGCAGUGGCAAGCUGCGGUUCGUGCAACAGCCCGUAGAUGAAAUCGACGCGUACGCGUGGCCCGUUGCAAAUCUCACGAAUGCAACCAUCACCCCUGGACAGACAUUGCUUUCCGACAUCCACUCCCGGACGCUCGAUAUCAAAAUGGCUUUCGUACCUUCCCCCGGUUCCACGCUUUCUCUCGCUGUCCGCAAGGCAGGCUCUCAGCAGACACUUAUCAGGUACGUGCAGAGCUCUCAACAGCUUUCCGUCGAUCGCAAUGCGAGUGGGGAUAUCUCGUACGAUUCCGCAGCUGGCGGCGUCCACACUGCUACUGUGCAGCCUGGUGCGAAUGGCGAGGUCCACUUGCGUGUCUUGGUUGAUGUGUGCUCUCUUGAGGUCUUUGGCGGGCUAGGCGAGGUGGUAAUCUCGAACUUGAUCUUCCCUGACGUGUCUGCUGACGGUGUGUCUCUGCAGGUUUCUGGGGCAAUGUUGUUUUGCGGUCGGUGGAGGUGCGCAAGGUCCUUCUUUGAGCUGGCGAGUUAUAAGAUGAGAUGA